AUCCGUCUGGUGAGGCGGGCUUCGAUAUUUCCUAUAUAAACCCGUCACCACAUCCUCCCUUUCCUCAUAUUUGCGUUCUUUCUCUCUCUCUUGGCUCUCGCUCUUGCUCUCCCUGGCUCGCGUUCUCUAGUUCCUCUCUUCUUCUCUCUAUCUAAGAUUUGGAGCUCACGAGAGCAGGAACGUCACACUCUCAGAAGUUAUUUGAGGGUUUCAUGGUUCUAAAGAAUCUUCCUUCUCAGCGGCAUUGUUGGCAUGUGAUGUGCUUUUCCCUGUAAAAGAAAACCACAAAAAGUAACACGUAGUGCUGUUUUGAAGUAUAUUUUGUUUUGUAUGCCUUUACAUAUGAGAUGGGUUGUCGAGGAAGGCCUUUCUUUGAUCUUAAUGAACCCCCUGCUGAAGAGGACGAGGAAACUGAUGGUGUCCUCUGCUUGCAGCCUCAAAAGGCACUGCCAUCGUUGAAUUCUCAUGCCUCUGAUUUGUUUUCUUCAUCUGAGGGUUCUCAGAGAAUACUGAAUAACCAUGCUUUCUCCCAUGCAUCCUCUGUUUCGGGCUUCCAACCUUUUGUUAGGCCUAAGCAUGUAAAUAGCUCUGAAAACGAUGUUAAACAGAAGAAGGUAGAUGAUUUGAAUUCCAUGAAUGCUUCAUCUACAUAUGGUGAGGAAACUAAAACAACAUCACCGUUGGCUGCCGGCCCUGCAGAUUCCCAAGGUGUGGAAAGAGAGGAAGGGGAAUGGUCUGAUGCAGAGGGUUCUGCUGAUGCCUUUGGAAUGAAUUCAGACAAUGAUAAGCGUGAACAAUCAAUUAAUGUUAAUGGUGAAAAUGCAGAGACACAGGAACUGGCUGAGAAAACUGAUCUUUCUGUUACUAACAAGGCUUCUGAGAGUAUCUCUUGUGAUUCCCAAUUGCCUCAGGGUGACAAGGAUGAAUUCACAAACAUAAUCAAGGAUGAGAACUGGAGUUAUGCUUCUUCAGGAUUGGAUCUGGAGUCAUCAGAAAAGAUGGGUAACAACAGCCGACAUUUAGAGGCUAAUGCCAAAGGGGACACGAACAUUGAUGGACUGGAGGAGUUGUCCUUGGUUGUGAAUAAAAAAGAAGUUAAAGGAAUUGAAGCAAGUCAUGCGCUUAAGUGUGCGAAUAAUCCUGGGAAGAGGCAUAAGCUUGACCAACACAAGGAGGCAAUGCUGGGGAAAAAACGUAGCAGGCAGACAAUGUUUCUUAAUUUGGAGGAUGUCAAACAAGCUGCACAUAUCAAAACGUCAACGCCAAGGCGGCAAACCAUUUCGUCACCUUUAACUGCCCGUACAGUUAAGGAAAUUCGAAAUAUUCCCGCUCCAGCUGAGUGUAGUGUAGAAAGAACUGGCAAGGAUCAGAAACAAGGAGAUGCGUCAUUUGAUGAAGGAGGCACUCUAAUGAAUAUUGGUGACCAGAAAUCUGAAUCCAAUGGUGAUACAGGCCAAGGAUCUCAAGCAAAGUCUAGGAGGCUAAACAGUGUUGAAAUCCUUGCAGAGGUACAUCAACCACCCAUCCUGAGACAAAGUUCAUGGAAGCAGCCAUUGGAAUCUAGACAACUGAAAAAUCCACUGGUUCCAGCUAGGAAACAGGCUGUUCCCAAUCAAAAUUCCAUGGACCUAAAGUUGGGUAACAAGAAGCAUCUUCCUUCCAAGAAACAAACUGCGAAUAGCACACAGUCUCAGGAUACCUCUGUGGAACGUCUUCUGCGGGAGGUGACUAAUGAAAAGUUUUGGCAUCAUCCAGAGGAGGCUGAACUCCAAUGUGUUCCUGGGCGGUUUGAAUCUAUGGAAGAGUAUGUCAGAGUAUUUGAGCCUUUGCUUUUUGAGGAAUGCCGGGCACAGCUAUAUAGUACUUGGGAGGAACAAACAGAAACUGUUUCCAGUUACGCGCACGUAAUGGUGCGAAUAAAGAAUGUUGAAAGGCGAGAAAGAGGAUGGUACGAUGUAAUAGUUCUUCCUAUGCAUGAAUUCAAGUGGACAUUUAAGGAAGGUGAUGUUGCAGUUCUUUCAUCUCCGAAACCUGGAACAGUGAGAUUUAGGCGGAACCAACCUGGUGCAAGUGAGGAUGAUGUUGAGGCCGGGGUCACUGGCCGUGUAGCUGGUACUGUUAGGCGACAUAUUCCUAUUGAUACUCGUGAUCCUCCUGGCGCCAUCCUCCAUUUUUACGUUGGUGAUACAUUUGAUCCUAACAGCAAUGAUGAUCAUAUUUUAAAGAAAUUUCAUCCCAAGGGUAUCUGGUUUUUGACUGUCCUUGGUUCUCUGGCGACUACCCAACGCGAAUAUAUUGCCCUGCAUGCGUUUCGUCGUCUCAAUUUGCAGAUGCAAACUGCAAUCCUUAAGCCUAGUCCAGAGCAGUUCCCAAAAUAUGAAGAGCAGCCCCCUGCCAUGCCUGAAUGUUUCACUCAGAACUUCGUUGAAUACCUACACAGAACCUUCAACGGGCCCCAGUUGGCUGCUAUUCAAUGGGCCGGGACGCAUACUGCUGCUGGAACGAGUAGUGGCAUGACUAAGAGGCAAGAUCCGUGGCCUUUCACUCUGGUUCAAGGGCCUCCAGGAACAGGGAAAACACACACCGUCUGGGGAAUGCUAAAUGUUAUCCAUCUUGUUCAGUAUCAGCACUAUUAUACUGCUCUGCUCAAGAAACUUGCUCCUGAAAGUUAUAAGCACGCUAAUGAGAGCAAUUCUGAGAGUGUCAGCACAGGAUCAAUUGAUGAGGUUCUUCAAAGUAUGGAUCAGAACCUCUUCCGUACACUACCAAAACUCUGUCCGAAACCUAGAAUGCUUGUGUGUGCUCCUUCAAAUGCAGCCACUGAUGAAUUGCUUGCACGUGUUCUUGACCGUGGAUUCAUUGAUGGCGAGAUGAAAGUCUAUCGGCCUGAUGUGGCCCGAGUUGGUGUUGAUUCACAAACACGCGCUGCACAGGCUGUUUCUGUUGAACGAAGAACCGAACAACUGCUAGUUAAGAGCCGUGAAGAAGUUAUUGGAUGGAUGCAGCAGUUAAGAGUACGCGAAGCUGAAUAUUCACGUCAGAUUGCUUAUCUUCAGAGGGAACUAAAUGUUGCAGCAGCGGCAGGCCGAGCUCAAGGAUCUGUUGGAGUUGAUCCUGAUGUUCUUGUUGCUCGGGACCAAAGUCGGGAUGCAUUGCUGCAAAACCUUGCAGCAGCUGUGGAAGCGAGGGAUAAAAAUCUGGUGGAGUUGUCCCGCCUUCUUAUAUUAGAAGCAAGGUUUCGUGCUGGUAGUAGCUUCAAUCUGGAAGAAGCUCGUGGUCAUCUGGAAGCAAGUUUUGCCAAUGAAGCUGAGAUUGUUUUUACUACAGUUUCAAGUAGUGGGCGUAAAUUGUUUUCUCGUCUUACUCAUGGUUUUGAUAUGGUUGUUAUUGAUGAGGCAGCCCAGGCUAGUGAAGUUGCAGUUCUUCCUCCUCUCUCUCUGGGUGCAGCUCGUUGUGUUCUUGUUGGGGAUCCACAACAGCUCCCUGCCACUGUUAUUAGCAAGGCAGCUGGGACCUUGUUAUACAGUAGAAGCCUCUUUGAAAGGUUCCAGCAAGCAGGCUGCCCUACAAUGUUGUUAUCUGUGCAGUAUAGAAUGCAUCCCCAGAUCAGGGAUUUCCCAUCAAGAUACUUCUACCAAGGGCGUCUGACCGAUAGUGAAAGCGUAGCUAAACUACCAGAUGAGCCUUACUAUAAGGAUCAAUUAUUGAGACCUUAUGUGUUUUAUGAUAUCACGCAUGGACGGGAGUCCCAUAGAGGAGGAUCUGUCUCUUAUCAGAAUAUUCAUGAAGCACAAUUUUGUCUCCGCAUUUAUGAGCAUCUUCAGAAGACUUUGAAAUCCUUGGGUGUAGGCAAGAUUUCCGUUGGCAUAAUAACACCAUACAAACUGCAGUUGAAAUGCCUUCAACGUGAGUUUGAGGAGGUUCUGAAUUCAGAAGAAGGUAAGGACCUUUAUAUCAAUACUGUAGAUGCAUUUCAGGGCCAAGAACGUGAUGUCAUUAUAAUGUCCUGUGUUCGGGCCUCAAAUCAUGGUGUGGGCUUCGUUUCUGAUAUUCGCCGAAUGAAUGUUGCUCUCACUCGUGCAAGAAGAGCACUGUGGGUAAUGGGCAAUGCCAAUGCCCUGAUUCAAUCUGAUGACUGGGCUGCAUUGAUCAAUGAUGCCAAGGCAAGGAGUUGUUAUGCUGACAUGGAGUCUCUUCCGAAAGAUUUUCUGGUCUCUAAAGGACCUCCUUACACUCCGUUGCCUGGUAAGGCUUCCUCUAACAUGAGGGGGUUGAGAACAGUUGGACCAAGACAUAGACAUUUGGACAUGCAGUCUGAUUCCAGGUCUGGUACUCCAUCGGAAGACGAGGGGAAGUUGAAUAUAUCAUCAUUAUCAAGGAAUGGAGGACACAGAGAUAUGAAGCUGCCAGCAGAGAAGUCCUUGGAUGAUUUCAAUCAAUCAGGGGAGAAAUCUCGAGAUUCAUGGCAUAAUGGUUUCCAAAAUAAGCAAAGUUCUGCAGGACUGGUGGGGAAGAGAGAUUCGUAAUCAGAAAAUGAUAUAUGGAGAUUUUCUCUGCGGCUUGGGGAGUUUUGAGGGCAUUAAAUUAAUAUAUAAUCUUGGGGGGAAAGAAAGCUGCCUGGUUGCGUGUCCACCUGCGCCCAGACGCGGGUGCAUGAAAUUAUUGCCCUAUCCCCUAUGAAAUUAAAAAGUCUCAUUCAGAUUGGCCCCCACGCUGGUCGGGGCCAUGGGAACUGGCGGCCGUCUCUUGCCCAUAAUCUUAUGAAGCUUGCCCCCAGAACUGAACAAUUUUAAAGGGAAUUAGCUCCAUGGAUAUUUUCUUCUGCAGAAAGCCAAGAGUGGUCAGAACUGGCAUAUCCUGUUAGUGAAGCCACAGAUUGGGAGGAUCCAAGAACUAAAAAAGACUCAGCAAGGGGAUGCCAUUCACUUUAUCUUCUGCUUGUCGUCCCAUAAGGAACAAAAAUGUUAGCAGACUGAAUCUGGUGAUAUGCUUAUCCAAUAAAAAGAAGGAUACUAAGGAAGAUGCUUGGCACUCCUCCCCGGGCUUAAAGGAAGAUGGUAUCUUUGCCAAAUCAUUUGGUCUUCUUUAAUUGGGCUCGCCAAGUGAGGAUGACCGCCAGGUUCUUCAAAAUUUUUUUCUUGUGUAGAUUGGGAAAUCUUUUACUAAGGCAAGCAAUCCACUUGCGCGGGUCUGCAAGCUUCAAUCACUGCCAAACAAGAUCCAGUACAAGAUAUCCUGUCUUGAGCGAAAUGACUUGGAUUGAUGAGGGUUUGGGCCAAGCUUCGCCAAUGUGCUUGCCAAUUUUGUAGCUCUCAUGUGAGCAUGCAGUCUACUCUGUGGAGGUAUUGUGAUAUAGAGGAGUGUAAGUGGGUUGCUCACAAGAGAGCCCACAUUGCAUAGAGGCAGUCAGAUGCCUUCGGAUAAAAGAAUGUUUCAUAUCUUGUAGGUUCGCAGAUUCUUCAUGCUCCAGUUUUGGGAGGUAAAAAUGUGACUGCAGCCUCAGUAGGUAUUAAUGAUAUCUUCAUUGUGUACAGGCAAUUGCAUUGUCACCUGAAUUGGGGUAUUGUACAUUGUUAGCUCUGUAAUAAUAUUAAUUCUUUUCUUA